AUGGUAGGACAGCGUGCUCAAAAACUGUCCGCCUCGCUAAGGGCCACUGCAUCUUGUUUGGCCGGAUUUGUGGACGCCGUUCAGGCCGUGAGCGACUACGCCAAUAAUCUCAAAGGUGCGUUGAUGUUGGUUGCACAUCUAGCUAUUCUUCAAUCAGUUUCAUAG